UAUUCAAGUGUUGUGCAAACCAUGGCUUCUAAAAAAAACAGAAAGGUGAUUUCAAUUGAAACAAAGCAAGAAAUCAUCAGAAGGAGUGAAAGUGGGGUAAAACAGUGUGACCUUGUCAAACAGUUUGGUCUCAGCAAGACCACCAUCAACACCAUUUUAAGUAAGAAAGAUGCCAUCAAGUCAGCCAGGGUUGCCAAGGGAGUCUCCAAGAUCUUCCAUGUAAAGCGUAGGUCUUCACUCCAUGACGAAAUGGAAAGGCUGUUGAUGGUUUGGAUCAAUGACAGGCAGGUGAGAGUUGAUAGCUCUACCCAAGAAGUUAUCUGUCAAAAAGCCAAACUCAUCUAUGAUAUGUUGAAGAAAAACACUCCUGAAACAAGCAGCAGCAGUGGCAAUGAAGAAGAGGAGUUUAAAGCCAGCAGGGGGUGGUUUUUUAGGUUCAAGAAAAGGUGUGGAAUCCACAGUGUCAUCAUGUAUGGUGAGGAUGGCAGUAAUGACAAGGAAGAAGCAGAGAAGUUCUCUGUUGAUUUUCAACAAUUUCUCAAGAAUGAAGGAUACUGCCCGCAACAAGUUUUUAAUGCUAACGAAACUGGUCUUUUCUGGAAGAUGCCCAACAGGACCUUCAUUACCAAGGAGGAAAAGACUUUGCCUGGACACAAGCCCAUGAAGGACAGGCUGACACUCCUGUUUGCAGCCAAUGCCAGCGGAGACCUGAAGAUCAAACCCCUGUUGGUUUACCAUUCUGAAAAUCCCAGGAUUUUCAAGAAGAACUGCAUUGUCAAAUCCAACCUGCCUGUCCAUUGGAAGUCUAACCAACAAGCCUGGGUGACCCAGGUUGUCUUCAAGGAAUGGAUCCUGGAAACCUUUGCUCCUGCUGUAAAGAAAUACCUGCUGGACAAAGAGCUGCCGCUCAAAGCCCUGCUGAUACUGGACAAUGCCCCUGGUCAUCCAAAAGACCUGGAGGAGAUCCUGGAAGAAAGCUAUCCUUUCAUCAAGGUGCAAUAUCUGCCAGAAAACACCACUGCCAUCCUUCAGCCAAUGGAUCAGCAAGUCAUUGCCAACUUCAAAAAACUGUACACCAGAGCUCUCUUCAGGAUGGUGUUUGAAGAAUGUCAGCUUUAUGGAGACAUGACUGUCCGAAAGUUCUGGAAAGAAAAAUUUGAUGUUCUUGUGGCAAUCAGACUCAUCCAGAAGGCCUGGGGAGAAGUCAAGCAGAAGACCCUCAAUUCAGCCUGGAAGAGGCUUGUUCCUGAAUGGAUCCAGGAAGAACCAGCUGAGGAUACAGAAGUGGUGCAGGAGAUCAUCUCGACGGCCCGAGAGUUGGAAUUAGAGAUGGAGGUGGAGGAUGUGGAGGAGCUCAUUGAAGAACACCAAGAAGAGCUGACAACUGAAGAGCUCCAAGCACUUAUGGCCCAGGAACAUGAAGCUCAAAGGGAAGCUUCAUCUGACGAGGAGGAGGAGCAAUUCAAUCAACCAAUUUCAACUGCUGCCAUUAAGGACUUCCUUGUCAAAUGGGGAGAGGUUCAGGAGUUUACCAGCGUUCACUAUCCAAAUACAGCUGAGGCCAACAGGAUCAAUGAUCUCUACAAUGACACCCUUGCCCGUCAUUUCCGAAAGGUGUUGAAGAAGAGAGAGAAACAGACCACCUUGGACAAGUUUUUCAAGAAGCCAGUUGCCAAAAAACAAAGGAUGGAACAAGAGGAGUUGAUCCUGCAAGCUCCUCUUGUUCUGUAUAUGAAUUAGAAUUUCAUAUACAGCCAACAAUUGCACAAAUUCUUUGUGGAGCACGUAGUAUAAUUUGAGACCAUUUUUCUUAUAAGUCGAAUAUAUCAUCGGAAAUUAUGGCACGAACAUUAAUAAGCUAUUACAACAGCUUAUACUAUAAAGACAUUUGCUAUUAACUUUUUAAAAGUUAAAAGUAAAGAAAAUAAGUACAAUAUAGAGUAUACUGUACAUCUGUGCAAUCAACUAUAUAUUAUACUGUCCUAAUUAGGAUAGUCCCUCCUUCCAAAGACUUUUCUACAAUUACAACACAAUUUGGUUUUCCAUUAAGAACUUCAAAUUGAUUGCCCCGAAAAGGGUCUUUUGCAUACAGAGCUGCAAGCACAACUUUCCUGAAACUAGUAAUCUGGGAUGUAAAGAUUCACAUUGGCAACGAGAAAGUGGUGCAAUCAAACUCCCAUGUCUGGAUAUUUGGCUUUAAAAACAUGUUUACAGCAGGGAACAUUUACGUGCACUUCCCACCCAUGUGUUGGUGUGUGGAUCAACUGGUUACAACUGGAUCAACUGGUCUGGGAUCAACAAAGUUACACCUGUGAUUAACCGUCGAGUGAUGAAAGCUUUCAGUUUGAAGACAAUGCGCCUUCUGGCAAUCACUGAUAACUUUCGUCCCAGAAAGCAUCCACUCCUUCCGGACAGCAAGUAAUGUGUGGCUACAUUGGUACCAGAAACGUGCUUCAAUACUCUCUCUCGAUAUCCCAAGAUCCACUAACCUUCGAUGAUUCUCCCUUUAUUGAACUUUGCUGUCUGUUAAUAAAUACAGUUAUUUGCUUAAGUUUAUAUACAUAUCUGCAUGCUUAAAUGUGUGUUUAUAUGCAACAAAUUACAGAAAAAGGGGUUUAGGCAAGCAGGGAUGUCAGUGUCAAGCUUGCAGCUUUGUGGUUCAUAAAAGGUGUCAUGAAUUGGUCAAGUUUACUUGUUCUGGAGUUGACAAAGGGGAUGUCAGGACG